CGGCCGUCGUGUUUACGGAAGUGCUUUACGGAGACGCGUUGCAACCAGGAAGUGGACACGUGAAGGGUAUUUAAUAUAGUUGCGUACAUCUGCGAUUAACUAACCCUAACAUUUAAGAGCGCAUCAUUUGUGAAUCUGCCGGAUACUAUUUAUUCAUAUAAUCAUGGCUGGACGUCUUCCAGUGUUAUCCAUGCUCGCUUCGCUCGGGGUUCGAACAGUGGCGUCGCCAUCAGUCGGCCACCAUAGGGUUCCCUUGAUGUUUGGCCGAUUUAGCAGCAGAGGUGGCGGGAAAACAUGGACAGAGCAGAGCGGUGGACACACGCAGUUCUACCAAGAAGAUGGCAGAGACUGUAUGAUGGAGGAUGUGGAGGACAAGCUGGAAGCUUUGCUGGAAGAGAGAGAGAAGAAUCGAAACGCUAUCAAGUAUAACAUCAUCAAAAGGAAAAUGAGGCCACCAGGAGCUCCAGAAAGGAAGUUAAGCUGGCAGGCAAUUGAACAGAUAAAAUAUCUAAGACAGGAGCAGCCAGAUGAGUGGUCAGUCAAGCAUCUGGCUGAAGGCUUCUCUGUCAGCCCUGAUGUGAUUGUCAGAGUGCUCAAAAGCAAAUUUAUCCCGGACCCAGCCAGAAAACUCAAGCAGAAUGCUAAAGUUAUGACUCGGCUCAAUCCUCAGGUGUUGCCUUCAGGGUCUGGGGCACAGCAGAGCAGACUGAAGCUGCACAGAGGCCGCACAGCAGAUGCACUCCUCCCCUCAGGAAGUCAAGAAAAUAGUUUGGUUCCUGUCGCUGCCCAUACUUUAAUAGGUGUCAACACAAACUCAGACAAUAAAUCCCUGGCUGUAGCUUCUGCACCUGUUACAGCUCCGGCAUCUCGUUUUACUUCUGCGAGCAACAUAGACGCCACAGAGAGGACGACAGCCGGGGACAACAGUUCACAUCCAGCGGAGGAGGAGGAAGAGAAUUGGGACGGAGAGGUGUUGUCUGAGGAACAGAUUGAGCAGGUUUGGGAAAUGAAGAAGCCUGCACCUGUGGUGCAAGUCGGGAAGGAUUUCUUUGAUGGCGAGGGCAAUUUUUUGUACAGAAUAUGAGCACUAGUGUUCAGCAAUGCCGUUGUGUUGUGAUGAGGAUAUACUGACCUGCUGCAGAUAUUUUCUUUUGAAAUAGUUAAUAAAAGUAAAUUAGGACUUCCUAAAAAGUUGUUUUGUUCAUUUCAGAGAACCAGUCUCCUCCACAGUAGACAUUUGAUUUUAUUUUGUCAGUUUCAGGGGCGUGUUGUUUUUAAGGACAUUUUGCAAAAAAGCUAGUGAAAGGUCAAAUCUAUGACAGCACUACAGUGUUUUUAAGAAUCUGCUGCAAAAUUACUCAAGGUUUUUUUUAAACUAAACUUGCAAGCUACAAACGCCAACAAACCAGUUGAAUAG